AUGGGUGGAGGAAGCAUAUUUGAAGAACCAGUCAGGAUGAACCGUAGGAGACAAGUAACGAAAGGGGAUAAGGAAGAAGACGAGAGUUUCAAAUCUCCAAAUCUUGAAGCAGAGAGACGUAGAAGACAGAAGCUACAUGCUCGGCUUAUGGCUCUAAGAUCUCAUGUGCCAAUUGUCACCAACAUGACUAAAGCUAGUAUUGUUGAAGAUGCGAUUACUUACAUCAGAGAGCUUCAGAAGAAUGUUCAGAAUCUUUCAGAGAAGCUUUUUGAAAUGGAAGAAGCUCCUCCUGAGAUUGAUGAAGAACAAACUGAUCAGAUGAUUAAACCUGAAGUUGAAACAAUAUUUCAUCUAAAAGAAGAGAUGAAGAAGCUUCAUAUCGAGGAGAAUGUGCAGUUGUGUAAGAUUGGGGAGAGGAAGUUUUGGUUAAAGAUCAUAACAGAGAAGAGAGCUGGGAUCUUUACAAAAUUCAUGGAGGUUAUGAGGUUUCUCGGAUUCGAGAUCAUCGACAUCAGUCUGACAACAUCGAGUGGAGCAAUUCUGAUUAGUUCCUCAGUUCAGAUACAUGAGGAACACUGUGAUAUUGAACAGACUAGAAAUUUUCUUUUGGAAGUUAUGAGAAGCGAUCCAUAA